AAACGGUGCCUGGAGGCGGAAUAACGGAAAGACGAUUUGCCCAGGGCUUACAUGCAUAGGAGAAGAGGAUCAUGCUAGUCUAUCUCAGCAAGAAGGUCAGCACGUGCAAGACCGAUCGGAGUUUUGCUUUACUCGCGACAUCUUUUCGAUCUUUUCUCAAUGCACUUAUAUAUUACUGCAUGCUGCUGCAGAUUGCCAUCCCGAACGACGUCCCCCUGCGGUGCGUCGCGUGGCACGGGACGCGGGGCUACAUCGCGUGCGGCGGGGUGGACGGGAUGCUGAAGGUGCUCAAGCUGGAGCCACAGGAGGACGCAGAGGGCCAGCUGAAGGGACUGGCCGCUCCCACUGCACUCACAAUGAACCAAACACUCGAGGGACACGACGUGGGCAGUUCUGUUCAGGUGGUGACAUGGAAUGAAACCCAUCACAGACUCACCUCCAGUGACUCCAAUGGACACAUUGUCGUUUGGGUCCUCUAUAAGGGUGUUUGGUAUGAGGAGAUGAUAAACAAUAGAAAUCGGAGUACUGUGAGGGACAUGCAGUGGAACAGAGAUGGCCAGAAGGUCUGCAUCGCUUACGAAGAUGGGGCUGUCAUAGUGGGCUCAGUGGAUGGAAAUCGUAUCUGGGGCAAAGACAUCAAGGGUGUCCAGCUGGUCCAAGUUGCAUGGUCUCCGGACAGCAAAGUCAUUCUCUUUGGUAUCGGGAUUGGGGAGGUCCACAUUUACGACAGCCACGGCUCUUACAAUAGCAAGGUGAACAUACAGUGUCUAGCAGGAGCUACAGGAGCAGUGAAGCUGACCAGUGUUGAAUGGUACAGUGGGAUCAACGGCUAUGCUGCACCCAACUGCGCCUCUCUGGUCGUGGUCUUUGACAACGGCAGAGCCCAACUCAUGAAGAAUGAACUGGACGAAUCCCCGAUACAGAUGGAUGUAGGGUAUGAUCCAGGUAUUUCAGGUGAAGUGGAACCACACUGGGUCACUGAUGGCUUUGCCGGGAGACAGCAGAAAGACGUCUCUGUAAUUCAGUUCUACAACACCCUUGGAGAGCACCUGCACACUCUCAAAGGACCUGGGAAGGCCCCUCUGUCGGUGGCGUGGGAGGGAAACGGUCUUCGUCUGGCCCUCGGGGUGGCACAGUACAUCUACUUCGCCAACAUCAGACACAACUACAAGUGGGGAUACUUCUCCGGCACUGUGGUCUACACCUUUCGAAAGCCGGAGAAACUGGAGCAUUGCCUCGUGUUCUGGAGCACCACAGACGGAGAGAAGCACGCCAAGGCCGUGAAGAAUUUGCUCCACGUAACUGCUUGUAGAGACCUGGCCCUGCUAGCCGCCGAGGUUGAUGAUAACCCCGGAGAGUAUGUUCUGCUCCUAUGCAAUGCUCUGGGGACUCCCCUGGAAUCAAAGUAUAUCAAUAUGGAACCUCGGUUUGUGGCCAUCUCUCACACCCACGUGGUAGCUGCUUCAAACUCAGCCAUCUUCAUCUGGCACUAUCGCACGGCCUCGCGGCUGGCUGUGUCCGAACUCACUCACCUCUCCAGGAAAGGCUGGGAGGGACAAGAGAGGUUGAUCCACGUGGAUGAGCUGCCAGCUGAGGUUUUGGACGGUGCGGCCGUAGACUUCAGCAUAGCUGCCAGGGAAACCAACGAUAAAAUAUGCUCGGUCGGUGUCUCCAACCAGCGGCUAAUAGUGGGACGUGAGUCUGGAAGUAUGCAGUACUAUUCUCUACCUGGUGUGUCACUGGAUGGCAGCGUCUUACACGGCAGCAAACCAGAGCAUCUUGCAUUCAACUGUACCUCCACGAAGUUUUCUGUGGUUGACAACAUGGGGUUUCUGAACCUAUACGAACUGGAUGUACAUUCAGGAGCUGAAGCAGCAGUAGUUGCAACUCAACUUGAGCUCCAGAGAAAGGACGUCUGGCAUCUCGUAUGGGCCGAGGAUAACCCAGAUCUGUUUGCAGUGAUGGAGAAGACAAGAAUGUACAUCUUCAGAGGAGUGGAACCAGAGGAGCCGAUCCAGAGCUCGGCGCACAUCUGUCGGUUCACAGAGAUGACGGUCAAGUCUGUUCUGAUGGAUGAGGUAAUGCAGGACCCUGAGAAUCCAUCCAUUCAAGACCAUCUCCUUGACUUAGAUAUCAAGAGUCUGCGGGACACGAGGAGUCUGCUGAAAUCGGUCGGUCUGAAGGACACCUGUCAGUUUAUUGAGGACAACCCUCAUCCCAGACUCUGGAAACUGCUGGCCGAGGCUUCACUGGAACAGUUAGAACUCGAGUUGGCAGAGAAGGCUUUCGUUAGGUGCAAGGAUUUCGCUGGAAUCCAGUUUGUCAAGAAGCUUCAUCAUUUGGAUGUGAGUAAUGCCCUCAAUUUCCUCUCUCUC